CUCUCAGGUCUACAAUGAGCGCUUGCAGACGGCGGGGGCGGAGGGAGGACGAGCAAGCCUAGUCCGCAAACAGGAGGGAAGAGCGGGCUCCGGCCGUCUUUGGGGGUGCCCAGGAUUCCCUGCUUGUGCCCUGGAUUGUUUUCAAAUGUUGCUAGCUGCGUGCAUCCGCCUGCGGCUGUGAUGCUAUUCCAGUUCUCCCAGCGAUGCCAUUUGUGACUUAGGUGGAUCUUGUGCUGCAAGGAAGCUGGACAGCCUAAGCAGCUGCUUCCUCUUCUGGAUCUCCUUGCUAUACAAGCAUAAGAAGAGAAUCAGCAGCUUUUUACCUAGUACACCAAAGACAGUAACACAAAGACCCUCAAAUGAAGUGUGAAAACUGCACCAAAAAGGAAUGUAGUAAGAAACAGAAAAAUAAUGACCAACAAAGUAUGUCAGCUGAUGUUCUCAACUCAAAUGAAGAAAAUGAAGAGAAAAGUGAAUUCCAUAAAUUGGCUGAUGCCAAAAUAUUCCUCAGUGACUGCCUAGCUUGUGAAAACUGCAUAACUUCAGAAGAAGCUGUCAAAGUUUUCCAGCAGAAUCAGAAGGAGCUCUUCUGGGUCCUAAACCUUAACAAGAAAUGUGAUACCUCAAAACACAAAGUGGUAGCAGUGUCUGUAUGUCCUCAGUCCUUGCCUUAUUUUGCUGCUAAAUUCAAUACCUGUGUCACCGAAGCAGCCAAGAGGCUUUGUGGUUUCCUUCGAAAUCUUGGAGUACAUUAUGUCUUUGACACCACAAUAGCUGCUGAUUUUAGUAUUCUGGAGAGCCAGAAGGAGUUUGUGCAGCGGUACCACCGUCAGAAUCAAGAAGAGCAUGCCUUACCAAUGUUUGCUUCUGCUUGCCCAGGCUGGAUACAGUAUGCAGAGAGAGUCCUUUCCAGUCUAGUGACUCCAUAUAUUUGCACUGCAAAAUCACCACAACAGAUCAUGGGCUCCCUUGUAAAGGGUUAUUUUGCCAAACAGCAGAAUCUGUCUCCUGAUAAAAUUUUUCAUGUAAUUGUGGCACCUUGCUAUGACAAGAAACUAGAAGCCUUGCAAGAAGACUUCAAUACCCCAUUAUGUAGCUCUCAUAAUGUUGAUUGUGUUUUAACAUCAGGCGAAAUCUUCCAAGUAAUGGAACAGAGAAAAACUUCUUCGAAAGAAGUAGCCAAAGUGGCCUUUGAUAGCCUGUUUGGUGGAAUAAAGGAAGGAGAGUUAAUCUGGCAUGAUGGAAGGAGGUCCGAUGGUUACCUGGAGUGCAUAUUUAAACAUGCUGCCAAGGAGCUGUUUGAUACGGAAGUGAAGGAAAUCACAUACAAAGUAUUAAAAAACAAAGACUUCCAAGAGGUCACGCUAGAAAAAGAUGGGGAGACACUAUUACGCUUUGCAGCAGCUUACGGAUUUCGAAACAUUCAAAACAUGGUUUUAAAGCUGAAGAAGGGAAAGUGUUUCUACCACUUCGUAGAAGUUUUAGCUUGUCCUGGAGGCUGCUUAAAUGGGAAAGGCCAAGCUCAGAUGGAAGACGGAAAACCAGACAAAGCCCUUCUCCGUCAGAUGGAGGAGGUAUGCGCUGCGGUUCCUGUCCAGCUCCCUGAAACCGAUAGGCAUGUGCAGAAGCUUUACCAGGAGUGGUUGGAAGGGAUGGACUCCACCCAGGUCAGAGAAGCAUUGCACACUAAACACAGCAUGGAAAAACCAGCUGCCCACAGUUUCAAUAUCAAGUGGUGACCAGCCAGAUUGCAAGAAUUGCAUUAGGUUUGUGGUACAUGCAGCACUGGCAGCUUCUAUGCAACUGGAGAUCUGAGGCACCAUGAACACUAUAAUGAGCUGGAACUUCCUUUAUUCCCAUUGAGACUGUGUAGGAUCACGCUUAAGUCCUUGCAUAAUUGGAAUGUCUUUAUUUAGUCAGAGCCUGAUAUUGUAAGUAUGUGCAUCCAAGGAUCUUUUGUAAGGUACAGGGAGUUCCUCAGUGUAGAGCAGAGGUACACCAGACCACUAAGGGGCAUAGCGGAAUCAGUACAUGUCAUCCUUUGCUUUGAUUCUGAUUCUUAGGGACGUAGUUCUUUCUGCAAAAAAAAAAAAAACUCCCCUACCAGGAAUGUCAUUGUUCUCAAAAGGUUCUAUGUUCUAAAACUCUGUAUCGUUACCAAACUUUGCAAGUUACCAAAAUAUGACAGAACAAACUAACUAACAAUAUAACUCUCUGCUGUGCCACACGAAAUCCAUUUUAACAUAUUUUGGGGGUUUCCAGGGUUGUAAUUGGAGAAUCUAGAAAGAGUUCUAGUAUCAGCUUUAAUUUUUAUCAGCUUUAAUUUGGCAUCUUUGAUUUCUUUGGAGAAAGUGUUUUCUGUUUUUGUUGUCUUGUUUUUACUGAUAAAUCUGGUCCAUUAUACUGUGCUUGUGAGAUCCUGGCCUUUGAGAGAGAUGUGGAUAGGCAACAAGUCAAAGACUGGAUCUGGGUCAUUUCAUUUGUUGCCAACAGUUCAGGGUGAAGUUGUUAAUUAAGGAAGUCAAAAGGUAAGGUGGCAAUAAAUGCAGGUGCCAGGAGAAUUCUUGGGCCAAAAUUUGAGAGUGGAGUUGGUGAAAUGAAUCAGAUACAAAGGCCGCUGAACUGAAUCCAGAAUAUCUCAAAAUGAAGUUUGACCUCAUCUAGCAAUAUGCUUUACUGCACUGAUGUCUGCGUAAUGCCUCUUCUAUUACCACAUGGCUUCCUUACAUAAGAGCUGAUUCUCCCAGCCACAGACGUGGCCCCUCAAGAUCUCCAGGGAAACUUUUCCCGUGGCAUAUCAGGAGCCAUGGCACUUCGUGGCCAUGGCUUGAGACACCUCAUGCCUGAACUCAGUGCUCGACUUGAGUGCAGGAGCUGCUGUCCCAGUACCCAGCCUCAAGUGAGAGGAGUGGGGGAGCAGGUUUGAGAUCCUUGCCCUCUCCUACUUGUCAGUGCAUGGCUGCCCCUCUGGUUCAAACCUCCAAAGGUGCGGUGCCCGUUAGAGUUCUGAAACGGAAGAGGUCAGUCACAGAGUAUGGACUUCUCCUUGGGUGUCAGUGCAAAGUUUUCACCCUGAGGUGCUAAGUGCCCUCUCUGAGCUUCUGCCACCACCAGAAUGUCUCAUCGCCUGCUCUAAGUCCAUAUGACAGAGAACUCUGGAGACGGAUUCUGAGACACGCCCUGCCUACUGAGUUGCAAGGUGUCAUGGCAGACGUUUUUCUAGGACGAGGGGGCCGCAGUCGCUUGGUAGGAGGGGGCUUGGCUGCCCCAGGAAGGGGGUGAUUCACCAAGCCUGGAGUCAGCAUCUUGAGCUCUUCCAAGCCUACUGGGUAGGGCUGCGGCAGCAGGUGAUGCCUUGAUUUUUGCAUUCAAUGGAUGCCCAUGGGCUGCACCAUGUGUUCUGAAAGCAGAACUUUCUGCCUCUGGCAAGGGGCAUUCCUAGGUUGAACGCGCUCGGGAAGCUAAUUCUGGCCACACCCACAACCAUACCGGCACAAGGACCUAAGCCUCAGUUGUGCUGACCGGCAACCACAGUGGCCCGCCAAUGGGGCCUGUGUGCGAUGGAGUGCCACCGGGGGCCUGCACUGUUGUGUCAUUUACGCUGGUGUAGAUGGGACUUAUGCCAGACCGUCAGUCAGCUCCCAGAGCACUUGCAGCCGCUUCCAGUGCCAGGGUCACUUCACCCAAAUCUUAUGCCCGAAAACCGUUUUCAAACACAUUGCAUCAACUUUCGCCUUCGUUUCCCAGAAUUACUCCAGCAUUUACUUUUGUUACGUUAGCAAGAAAAUAUGGAGAAGCAUUGACAGGAUUUUACUGAAUAUCGUAAAUCCCUAUUGUUCUUAAAUUAUGAUCAUUCAAACUCUGGGAUCUCAAGGCCCAGAGGCGUGCAGGGUAGGGAUCCAAACCUCUCAUUAGAGGACUGCGCUUCACUUUUCUUAAAUAAAAUGAACAUCUAAAUGAUUACUCUAACCUUCACCAAAGGCCGGGGAAAUUUCACCAAACGAACAUUGAAAUGAUUACUCUAACUUUCACCAAAGGCUGGGGAAAUUUCACCAAACGAACAUCGAAAUGAUUACUCUAACUUUCACCAAAGGCAGGAGCAGACAAAUAAUGAAGAGAGAUGAGAACGUGUACCAUAAUAAUGGGACUUCGGUGGGAAGAAAAAUCCUGCGCUUCUAGGUCUUCAGCAGCACAAACACAGAGAUGCCUAUUCUGUACUCUGUGCGUAUAGAUUUUUUUUUUACACACACAAACAUGAGCUUAUAUGUCCUUGUCAGCCUUUAGGUAUGUUUUUGCAGAAAAGAAUAAUCACAUUAAUUGGGUGUAGGAACUAACUCUCUGCUGAGUAACAUCCGUACCCCUCAGGACUUAGUACAGUUCCACAGAGGCUUGCAAGCUAGAGAUGUCCUGCUAGGUGUUUAGUUGAGGACAGCAGCGGUAUCCACCUGGCCAGCACUCUUCACCCCCCCCCCCAAAAAAAAAAGUGGUAGCGCAAUUGGAACUUUGCCAUCUUUUUGUAAAACUGUAUUGCUACUUUGGAAUUAAGGAAUUUUGUUAUUAUGGAGGAAUUUUAUUGUGGCUUCUAUCUGUUUUAAACUGUAUGACAUGAUUUGUUUUGUUGUGAACCACUCUGAGCCCUAUUGGGGAAUGAGCAGGAUAAAAACUGAAUAUAAUAAAUAAAAUAAUUAAAGAGCUA